AAAACACUAAAGAGACAAAAGAGCAAAGAAAAAGAGGGAGAGGAGAGAACGAAAUCAAUGGCGGUCUCCGUUCCCAUUCUCGUCGUCGUCACUUCCCUUCACCUCCUCGCCUUCGUAUUCGCCUUUGGCGCCGAACGACGCCGUAGCACUGCUGAAGCAGUUCCGGACCAGUACGAUGAGCAGACCUUCUGCCAAUACGGAACAGAGGCGUCUACGGUGUACGGCAUGUCGGCGUUUGGGCUGCUUCUUGUGAGCCAAGCGGUUGUUAACGGCGUUACAAAGUGUCUCUGUUGCGGAAAGGGUCUCGUCACUGGCACUUCUUACACCGUUUGGGCUAUUGUCUUCUUCAUCGUCUCUUGGGUAAGUUUUUUAGGUGCUGAGGCGUGUUUGUUAGCAGGAUCAGCAAAGAACGCUUACCACACCAAAAACAAAGGCGUUUACCAAGGGAAAGAGCUUUCUUGUGCGGUUUUACCGGUUGGUGUAUUUGCUGCUGGAGCUGCUCUGACUCUCAUGUCUUUGAUUGCAACCGUUUUAUACUACUUGGCUCAUUCUAAGGCUGACACUGGUGGAUGGGAGAAGCAUCAUAAUGACGGCAUUGGUAUGACUUCUCCUGGUGAUGUUCCAAAGCAGCAGAACACCGAUUUCGACAAGGUUUAAACGGACUUAUGUUUUGGUUCUUAUGAUAGUAACUAUGCUUUUUUUUAAGACAGGGGUAUAAACUAAUAUAAAAUGUUGUGUUGUUGUAAUUGUUCAUAUAAACUCGUAUCCUUAGAUGUAAUGUUGGCUUAAGAAUGUCUGCAUAUGUGAAACUUGGGUUGGCUC